UAUUUUAAAGUUUUUUACACGAGGACGUCGGUAGAAUCAAUGGUGUCACACAAUGCAGUUCUCAAGGGUGAUAUUGUUUAUUAUCUGCAUAGGCCGACAAAAAGUGCAUACAUUGGCUCGGUUAUAGCGUCAGAUGUUCAUCCAGCGAGAAAUAGUAAUGAAGUUACUCAUGACAAAUGUGAAAAUGAAAACACGAUGAAGUUCACUUUUUGGACAGAAGUCAUAUGCCUGGAGAGGUCGUUCAAAACUUAGAAACCAAUAUGAUUGGAACGAUCUCAAAUGUCUGUAUGACAGCCCAUGCAGAAAUACUAGACCACCAGAAGGUCAUGUUCGAUAUUCAGUGUGAUCAUUUAAGAAGUGUAUAUCCAUGGACCACACAUGUUGACGAAAACUAUGUGAUUUGGAACAGUUGGCUCGGUCGGGUGUCAGAUUGUCGUCUUAUGGCAAUCAUCCGAUUUUUGGAUGGAGCACGACUUCUUGUUGGAGAUAAUUGCCUAGAAUGUUUUGAGUCAUUUUUAUCAGUGCCAGAUGAAUAUAUGAAUAACAAUUACGAAGGUAUUUGGUUGAUCGGUGAUGCGUUGGAUUUAAGAUCUAAUGCGAAUUCAUCCAAAUCAAGUAAAUUUGAUUUUCUCAGUUUACCUGUGGAUUCGACCUCUAAUAAAUGUCGUAACACAGAUAAGUCAACAAAUUCAGAAUCAAUGCCACCGUCUGAUGUAUAUAACAGUUCACAUUCAGCCAACAAAACAUUCCCACUUGGACAUCCUAUUAAAUUUCUACAGGCACUUGCACAAUAUCCUAUCACUAAAACAUUCUCUCAUCAUCCUGAACAAAUAACAUGUCUUUUGAAACGUACACCUAUUUUCUUAGUUGAAACACCCGCUCAUAAUGCUGUUUGGCUUUCUCGAUUAAAAUCUAGUGUAGAUGUUGUAUUUUGUGUGGAACAUUUUGCUCCUGUUGAAGCCACUAUUCAUUGGCUCGCUAAUCGAAAUUCACAAUCAGACAAACCGCCUCCGCGUGUGAUUCAUGGAUUGGAUUUGGGAAAUUUAAAAUCAGUCAUUUCAAACUCUUUUAUUAACUGUCAAGUAGGUGAUAUUUGGUACUACAAACUACAGGAAUCUGAUAAAAUUUAUAACAUGAGUAAUUUUACUCGACCUGAGCAAUUGUUAUAUAAAUGGUUCACGAACGAUAUUUCCGGUCUUGGAGCAGUGUUUUCACUUCCACUGAAUGAUGACAAACCGAUGACAGAUCAAGGCAAAUUCAAUGGGAAUUGUGUCAUUAGUAAAAAAGAACUAGGAAAGUCAAUUGUUGAAUCCUCAUCAGUUACUGGUCUGAAAAGUUCAGGAUUAUUAGCAGGAGAAAAAAUGCCAAGCAGGACAACACCGUUUUGGGCACAAGUAAAUCUAUUUGCUUCGCAACGUCGUCGUAGGCGAGUAACUGUGGAUCCACGACAUCGUGUUCCUCGCACAGACAUUUUUCAUUGGGCUCACAGAUUUCAUAGAUCAACAAGAUCUUUCACUUCAUACAUUGAUAUUAGUGCUGAUGUCUCUAAUCACGAUGGUGAUGCCAAUGUUGAUGAGAACGAUACACUAGAACAAACAAAAGACCAGUCACAAAUACAAGAUCAAAACGAUCAACAACAUAAAAAAAUCGAUCAUGUGAAAGAGAGUAAUCACCAACUGAUAACGUUAACUUGUAAACGUAUUUCUUGUGAUAAUUCAAGUCUGGUUAAUAAACCAGUUUUGAAUCCCGUGGAAAAUACCACGAAAAUUGAUUUAUCUUUGAAAUCUACAGUAGAAGCACGUGUAGUCUCAGGAGAAGCAGUACCAUCAUCACCACCGAUCGCAGUAACUCUCACUUCUUGUACCACUAGUACCACUACUACUGCGGUGAAAGAUCUCAAUGACACUAAUAGAAAUGGAAAUUCUAUUCUGUCGCCAGUGUAUAUUAUUUCGUCAGAUGCUUCAGUAAACAAAUCUACAACGAAUACCACUUUACCAUCAGAUCAAAUAAAUACUGUUGAUGGUGAUGAUCUUAAUCAUGAUAAUAACACUCAUGUCGAGGAAAAAAGAGAACGCUUCUGCAAAAAAACUAGGUUAUCAAAACAUUCAAGGCGUCUACGUGUUCUUCGUCGACAAGCGGAGUAUAUUCAAGAAAAACGCGCUAUCCAUUUAAGAGCUGGCGAUUGGGUACCUGUACGAAUUUAUGCAACUAAUUCACUGUAUGAUAUAAAAUGGAUUGAUGGAUCUGUAUCGAAAGGUGUUGCCUCUGAUAAGAUAAUAUCGUUUGGUGGACACAUAGAGCAUUAUUUAUUUCCUGGAUUUUUAGUUUCUUUGAAAAGUGAUAAAAAUUGCCGUUCACAGCCUAUCCCACCGAAUUCAGUUGUGAAUGACCCCUCCUCAAUAGCAGUUACCGAAACGAUUGAGAGAGUAAAUACUGUUCCAUCCUCUACAAUCGAAUUGUCUUGUGAUCACCCUAGAGAUCUUGGAGUAGCCCUUGCUUAUAAUACGAAUGAUCGAACUUGUCUUGUUCAGUGGUUCAAAACUGGAAACUCUGAAACUGGUUCCUUGCCAAUGAUUCCUCUUGGUUCUCCGGAAGAAAUUGGUGUCUAUGAAAUUUCUGGAUCUGGAGAAUAUCAAAUGAAUUAUGGUGACAUCGUUCUUAUCAAAUCUGCCAGUGAAACUGAUUAUUCAAUUUAUCCUGCUGGUGUUUUAGAAGAUAUUAUUCCGGAAUCAGGUAAACUAGUAAUUCGUUGGAUUGAUGGAACUUCAAGUGAAGUUUAUCGUACCGAUUGUUUACAAGCAAUUGAAGCUGAUGAUGAUUCUACAGAUUAUGAAGAUUCCUUCGACUCAGAAUUCAGCGAUUCAGAUGAUGAAAAAACCGAAAAGUGGGAAUUGUAUUCAACUUCUUCGGAAUCUUCGUCUUGUUCAAGCUUUUAUUCUACAUCUGGUUCCUGCUCUUCGUCUUCUUCAUCUAACGCAUCUGAUGGUACAAAUGAUAAUGACAGUGCGUGUUUACAAGUUACGCAACCAACAUAUGAAGAUGAUUUACGACCUGUUGGAAUUAAACUUUCACUUGCCAGUCAACAUGUUAAAUCUGCGCACAGACUAUUUUCUGAUCGAGUUACAUUUGUUUUGUGGUUAAUGCGGUGUUUUGUUACAAUUUCUGGCAUUGCAGAUGAUAUCCUUGAACAGGUUUACUCAGCACUUCGUAACGCAGCUCUAAUCGAUCCUACGGAAAUAAAUACUGUUAGUUCUACUUCAUUGAAUACAUCUCAUACUGAAGAUUCCACUAGUGAUACAUCUUUAUCAACUAAGAGAGAAAACGUAUGGAGUGACGCUGAUGAAGUAGAAGCUAUAUCGUGUGUAGAAAUGCUCACUACUGGACGGUCAUUACUCUACGAAGCAUUCCGGUUGAUUAAGGAUUACAGAAUCAGGAAAAUGUGGCACUUGUGUGAUUUUCGUUCCAAUUUAUUCGAAAAACAUAUUGGCGCUAUUCUACGUUUAUUUGAAUCUUUUCCAUUAUCCACACAUGAGCAAGCGAAAUUGUCCGAUCCAGUCAAUUUCGUUUCAUUAAACGAAGAUGUUUAUGGUUUAAACAAGCCAUCGGACAUAGAAUACGCAACAAAAAGUAUCCCUGACGAGGAGACUUAUGUGUCUGGCCAACAAAAUCCUUCAAAUAAUUGCACACCCAGUGCUAUUGAAGUACUAAAUAGAAAUGAAACAAUUCAUUUCUUGCUACGUUCCAACAGAAGAGGAUUGAAAAUUGAAGGCCUACGGAGUAAUUAUACCAUAGCGAUAAGUACUGAGGUAAUUAUAAAAUUGGCCAAAUUUCUACAUAAUCUGCAAAAAGAUAUUCUAGAGCAAUUGACUGAUUUAAAUAAUGAAAUUAUGGCAUGGCUUCAUGAAUGCGCUGCACAAUGUAUCCAAAAAUCAGAUUUGAAUGAUCUUCUAGUGAUAACAAGUAAUACUGAUAUUGCUGAUGAUCAUCGACCUACAAUAGAUAAAUCUGACUCUGAUAAAUGUACCAUUGAACCUGAGUUUAUUAACAAUGACUAUGCCAAUAACCUGGAAGAAAAUAUGAAGUUAACAUGCAAAUUGAAGGCGAUUUCUUCCUCGGAUGUUACAACCUUACCCAGUGAAGCAGUUGCAGAAGACUCGAAAACCGCAAAUGUAGAAAAAUUUAUGUUGGCGAGUUUGUCUUCAAAUAUUGAAAAUAUAUCAAUUGAACCGUUGUCUGUCAAUUUUUCAAUGAAAUGUAUCCUUUCUGAUUCAAGUGUAGAGUCACUUCCAGUCGAACAAAGAGGCCAAUUCAUUUUGGAACCCACUGCCCCUUCUUAUCAUCGAUUUUAUAAAUCAAGCCAGAAAACGCUACCGAAAGCAUUCCAUAAAGCUUUACGACGUGAUAUCUCUCUUCUAUCCACCAUUCUUCCAAAUGAUAUUAUUGUUAAAGGAUUCGAAGAUCGGAUAGAUCUUUAUUCAAUAAUGAUUAUUGGUGCAUCUGGUACACCGUAUGAACAUUGUUUAUUCUUUUUUGAUGUUGGUUUGCCAUCAAGUUAUCCUACAACCCCACCGCAGGUAGAUUAUUGUUCUAUUCCAUGAAUAAUAUUAUUACCAUAUUGGCGAUUAGAAUUUAUUUGCGUGAUACGUUGGUGUUAAACUAUAGAUUUGUUCUGAUUUCUAGAUCUAGAUCAUCAAGUACAGGUUUAUGUGUUGUGCUUUAAACCACACUGUUUAUAAGAGACGUAGUGAUAUCAUUCAGUCACCAAUACCAAACUAUAAUUAGUAUAUCACAAGCUGACCUAUCUUGUCCAUCCAUCGAUAUUUGACAGGUUAAUUCGUGAUAUCAAUAUCAUUUAAUAAUCUUCACAAUUCUGUAUACUGAGAGUCGAAGUAGUUGUAACAGCUUUUGGACGUGCAACCUACUGAUUUAGGUAGUUCGCCACUGUCCUGCGGUUUAAAUUCAUAAUUUUUCUCUAAGUGUUACUGAUGUGCUACUCAGCCGCUGAAAUUAAAACAGGUAAAGUGGCGGGCAUCGAACCUAGCAACCUAUUAGUGGACAAAACACAAAUGCUUCAAAAAGUAUUUAUUUAUGUUGGGAAUCCCUCAAAUUAUUUGCUUUUUGUCUCUCUUUAUAAAUUGUAGUUCUAACGAACAGCACAAUCUACGAUAACUUUUUAUUUCGCAUUACCCUACUGGUUUUUACACUUAUCUGAUGGGUUACUUCUGAUUUGUUUGUUAUUUUCGUGACUUGUCUUAAAGUCAUAUUUGUUAUCACAUAAACAAAGCUGUUGUUUUACACUUUUGAUUCCUUGAGAUAUUAAACUCUUCGGAUCCUGUAAGCAUGUUUAUUUACACCGUAUAUUAUGGAUUAUCUUUUGAUAUUGGCAGGUGAAACCAAAAAUGGGAAUCAGAAUUUGUGAAUUACUGAAAUGUAUGUUUAUUAUAUUUUUUAAAAAUUAAUACCAUGAAUUGAUCAAUAUCAGACCACCAUUGCAAAUUUGGACGAACUGGAUAGCCAUUUCAUCCUAGUGUGAGGUCCCUCAACAGUUCAGAUCCAUGACUUCGCACUCGGGGACCAAACCCAAAACCCUUCGUCUAGCGCACCUAUCUUCAACAUCUAGACCACUGAGUUGGCAUCCAGCGGUGUUUCGCUAUAUUCGAGUAUACGUUGAUGUUCAACUUUCGACCACUAAGUUACAUUUACUAGUCCCGCUUCAUUUACUUCGGUUUGAGCAGUUGGGUAGUAUCAUUGUCCCUCACUCAUAAAGUCUCUCAAAAGUGGUACACGAAUCUGUACUUAAAUAUUUAUUUACAGCAUAGUUGAUUCAUUCAACUUCAAACCAUCUGCUACAUUUUCGAAUCCUCAUGCUUCCACUUAGUUUGAACAGCCGUGUAAAAGUUUUGCUCCUCUACAUAAACAGUUCCUUCAACGAAGUACAUGGUCGUACGUAUUCUUGGACUAAAUAAAUACAUUAGUAUUGAAAUUCUGUACUUUUUCUAACAUGGUAUUCAGUUUUACCAAAAAUAAAAAUCUUACUAUUGCGUUAACUGACAAUAUUUUUUUUAAAUAAAUCGAACUUAAGUCCCUUGGAAUAUGCAAUUACAAGCUUUAAAAUGGAGUGACACUUGUCUUUCUUUGGUUACUCAGUUAUUGAACAAUUUGUAUAUAUAUAUAUAUAUAUAUAUAUAUAUAUAUAUAUAUAUAUAUAGUUCAAGUUGUUUUACCAUACACACUUUCAAUGAAAUAGCGAUCAAUGAAGAAGGGCAUAAGGUUAGUGUGAAAAUCGACAUAUACUGAUUAUUUUUAGUGAUUAUCGUCUUCAUUUUGAACUCAUUAUUGCGAUUGAUUGGGAGAGAUUCUCUUAAUACAAUAUCGAUUUUACAUGAACUAGACGAUAAAUACACUAAAACACUUCAAAAACAAUUGCGCCUGUGUGAUACACUUGGGAAAAACCUUAAUGUUUAAGGUGUCAUGUUUAAAAGGGGAAGUCCUCUGUUUUUUUAGCAACAAGUGGAUGAUCUUUGAGACGCAAUAACAUAUACAGGCAAAGGACGAAAACAACCGGUCAGAUAACCUCGAAGUUCAGUGGUGAAUCGAGAAAAGGAGAAAAGCUACUGUGGAUUUCUUAACAUGUUCAAAUUAGCAUUCAACAGCGAAAAUUAGAUAAUUUGAUGUAUUUCUAGUACUUUUCUUAAGAUUUAAUAUUUUAUGUGAAAAGUUUUACGAAAUAAGGUAAUGAAAUGUAUUUAAAGCAAUUAGUUCCUUUUAUAAAUUUCGAUAGAACAAUGAGAAGACGAAGUUGAUCUGAA